AUGUCAGUCUGCAUGGUAUCAGAUGUGCCUCGCAUAACACCACCACCGCCCGUCAAGUGCUCCCCGAAUGCAUGUGGCUUUAACACUGAAUGUAGAGUUACUAAUGGUAUUCCUAUAUGCUAUUGCCUCCCCAGCUACACGGGCGACCCUUACAAAGGUUGCUCACCCACUACCACAACUUCCCCCCCGCUAGUAGCUGUCCCAGGCUCCUCAUCCCCCCCGCCUUUCCAUCCCCCUACUACUCCAUCCUCUCCCCCCCGUCCACCCAUUGAGUGCGAGGCUAACUCACAUUGCUCACCCUCAAGAACGUGUAUCAACCAGCGCUGCGUCGAUCCCUGCACUGCCAGCCUCCCUUGUGCUGUGGGGGCAGAGUGUACUGUCAUCCGCCAUCGCCCUGUGUGCAGAUGUCCUUCAGGCUUCCAGGGAAAUCCGCAGAUUUCCUGCACUCCCAUCCCGACUACCCCCAAACCAGACUGUCUUGCUGACCGUGACUGCCCACUGGACAAAGCAUGCGCAGGGAGGCAAUGUGUUGAUCCUUGUCGAUUAGCUAACCCAUGUUCACACUUGGCUGAAUGUACUGUUGUUGGACAUAUGCCAGACUGUACAUGUAUCUUAGGUUACGUCGGUAAUGGUUAUUAUUGUGAACUCUCUACUACAACAUCAACAACACCUGGACCUAUUGCUCACUUUCCUACUCACACAACCGUCCGCCCUGAAGUUGCUACCCGUCCUCAAAGCCAUGAAGUGGAAUAUGAGUGCACCAGAGAUUUUGAGUGCGAUGAUGAUGAAAUGUGCCAUAACAGAGAAUGUGAACCUGUCUGUAUAGUGUCUAAUCCCUGCACAGGUGACAACACUGCAUGCCGUGGAAUCAAUCACCGACCUGUGUGCCAGUGUCUUCCAGGAUUUGUUGGUAACCCAUUCAUUGAAUGCAAGAGGCCUUUGCCGUCCACACCAUCACCAGAAUGUCUUUCUGACCGAGAAUGCCCAGAUAAUAAGGCUUGUGCUCAAAGAGAAUGUAUAAAUCCAUGUAUCUUAUCAAAUCCAUGUUCAUUAUAUGCUGAAUGUACAACACGGGAUCACUUCCCAGUUUGUACAUGUAUUUUAGGCUUUACUGGAAAUGGGUACUUCUGUGACAGGCUCCCACCAAUAGUGGAGAUACAAACACUUCCAACAAGUGUUACAAGACCACCUAUUGCAGUGACAACUAUCACUCACAGUCCCAUAGCUGAGUAUCCUACUACAGAGCAUCCUCGACCGAAAACUCCUAGCCCAAGGCCACCAUUCCUGCCACCUCUUCCAUCCAUUAGUGUAGGAUGCAAAAGCAAUGAUGACUGCCCAUACAGUAAUUCCUGUAUAAACAAACUUUGUGUUGAUGUGUGCCAUCAAGGUUACUGUGGCAAGAAUGCAGAUUGUUCUAUCAAGUUUGACAUCCCAAUGUGUUCUUGUCCACCUGGGACAUCUGGUGAUCCUUUUAUCAGAUGUAAGGCAGUAGCCACAGAAGCUCCUCCAACCACACUUGCUCCCCUUGCAGACACACAUAGUCCUCUGCAAGAAGCUCCUUUGAAUCCUGUUCCUCAACCACAAGAAUCCCUGAUACUGCUUUUAUACAGCCUACCACCAUCCAUUCUUUGCCACCACCCAUAA